GAUUCACCAAUGAACUUGAGGAACCCACAUGAUUUGGUAAUACUAAUGAGACAAGAAACAACCGUUAACUACCUCAAAGAACUGGAGAAACAGUUAGUUGCUCAAAAGAUUCAUAUAGAGGAAAAUGAGGACAGAGACACAGGGCUGGAGCAAAGGCAUAAUAAAGAGGAUCCGGACUGCAUUAAAGCAAAGGUGCCCUUGGGGGACCUGGAUUUGUAUGAUGGUACAUACAUCACCUUAGAGAGCAAAGAUAUCCGCCCUGAAGACUAUAUAGACACAAAGUCUCCUGUGCCUCCAGAUCUGCAGCAGCCAGACUGUACAAAAGUUCUAGAUCUUCCAUACAGCAUUCAUGCUUUUCAGCAUUUACGGGGUGUUCAAGAAAGAGUUAAUCUUUCCGCACCCUUGUUACCUAAAGAAGAUCCAAUCUUCACGUACUUAUCCCAGAGGCUGGGAAGAAGUAUAGAGGAAAUAGGUCAUCGUAUUUAUGAAGGACUAAUGAAGAACUCUUCUUCCUGGGUGCUCUACAAUAUGGCUUCUUUUUACUGGCGAAUAAAGAAUGAACCAUAUCAAGUAGUAGAAUGUGCCAUGCGUGCCCUUCAUUUCUCUUCAAGGCAAAAUAAAGAUAUUGCAUUGGUAAACUUGGCAAAUAUUCUACACCGGGCACACUUCUCUGCAGAUGCUGCUAUUGUGGUCCAUGCUGCUCUGGAAUACAGCGACUACUUUACCAGCUAUUACACUUUGGGAAAUAUAUAUGCAAUGCUUGGGGAAUACAACCACUCGGUGCUGUGUUACGAUCAUGCUUUACAAGCCAAACCAGGGUUUGAGCAAGCUAUAAAAAGGAAACACGCUGUACUUUGUCAGCAAAAGCUUGAGCAAAAGCUGGAGGCUCAGCAUAGAUCCCUUCAACGAACAUUAAAGGAACUGAAGGAAUAUCAGAAGCAGCAUGACCAUUACCUUAGACAACAAGAUGUCUUAGACAAGUAUAAGCUCAUCCAGGAGGAGCAAAUCUUGAGGAACAUCAUACAUGAGACACAAAUGGCAAAAGAAGCUCAAAUAGGGAACCAUCAGAUUUGUAGACUGGGCAACCAGCAGCACAGCUUGCACUGCCAGUGGGACCAGCCUGUUCGGUAUCACCGUGGGGACAUUUUUGAAAAUGUGGAAUAUGUUCAGUUUGGUGAGGACUCUUCAACUUCUAGCAUGACAUCUGUGAAUCUGGGUGUUCAUGCAAACCAAAGUGACCACAGCCAGUCCUUGCAGUCUUCCCCUGUCGCUCGUUCCGUUGUUUCACUCUGGAGUGUAGAAUCCCAUCAAGAUAAACAACAUAUUCUUUGGCCUAAGAGAUCAGAGUGCAUGAGAUCCUUCCCAAAAAUUCCUGAUCCAGAAGAACUGCCAACUUACUUUCUGCCUCCAGAAAACAGAGGAUUCAGGGCCCACUCAAUCCUGAGUGUCCCAGAAGAAGCUGUUGUGGAUGAAGAAACCCAGCCACCAGACUGUUCCUCCAUCACUGAUGCUCGUAACAAUGAAUCUCUGUAUCUGCUGGUCAAAGAACUUGACAGUAAUCUAGAUUUGAAAUCUAAGAUGCCAGACGAUCGAGCAAGACAAGUCUUGCAUUCUCGUAUCAACAAUCAAACUAUUACACAAGAGAAGAUAGGAGCAUUUCUCAGUCAUGCUAUCAGAAAGCCAGAAGAUCCACUGUGGCUUUUGCUUAAUGAAGCUGGAUUGUACUGGCGUGCGGUUGGAAACAGCACCUUUGCUCUUGCCUGUUUGAGAAAAGCAGUUAAUUUGGCUCCACAUGAAUACCAGGAUAUCCCUCUAGUCAAUAUUGCUAACCUCUUGAUUCAUUAUGGUCUUCAUUUGGAUGCCAGCAGGCUCCUGCUAGAGGCUUUGGCCAUCAAUACCUCUGAGCCUCUGACUUUUUUGAGCCUAGGAAAUGCAUAUCUGGCUCUGAACAACAUAAGUGGAGCCCUACAAGCCUUCAGGCACGCGCUGGAUUUGAAGACAAAGUGUCUGGAGUGCGAAAGCAGCCUGAAGUUGAUCCGCUGUUUGCAGUUUUACCCUUUUCUGUACAACAUCACCUCUUCUGUAUGCAGUGGCCACUGUCAUGAGAAGAAUCCAGAUGACGGUCACGAUAAGGAGAAGUACUUCAGUGACCCCCAUGACUCAGUCACAGCAGUGGCUGGAGGACACCCUGAGGGAGAUACAGAAGAAGAUCCAGAGGCCCUGACGCAGAGUUCAGUGAGGGAUUCUUCCUUCUCAAAGCUGGAAAACACAGUUGUUGCAGAAAGCAAUGGCUCAGAAGGAGUGGAAGGUUUAGAAGGCAACCAGAUGUCUGAAGAGAUGUUGGCUUUGGUGGAUGAAUUUGAAAACUCUUGGCCUCAGGAAGCUUUUGAGGGGGCACUGGAGGUAAAAGGCCGUCGGAUGGACUUGCAGGGAAUCCGGGUCCUAAAGAAGGGGUCUCCAGAUGGACUGGCUAGCUCCUGUUUUGGAGACUGCGGUGAUGAUGAUGAUGAAGCUGAAUGGAUCACUUUCCAGGUUAAACGUUUAAAGAAACCAAAAGCUGAAAGUGUGGAUUUACAGGAGCCUGUUGGGAGAAGGGGAGAAGGAACUAAUGGAGAAAAUGAGAACUUUUACCGAACUGCCUUGGAGAUCAGUGGACCAAAGAUACCUGCUCCAGGACCAAUAGGAAAAAGGCAUGAUUAUCGUAGCCUGGGCUGGCCUAGUCCUGAUGAAUGUCUGAAACUCCGUAGAGUGGAGCUUACAACUGUAGCAAGCACAUGGCUCGCUGUUUCUGCUAAAAAUAUUGACAUUACAGAACACAUCGAUUUUGCCACUCAGCUGCAAGAACCAGCUGUGGAGCCCCUUUGCAACCCCAACCUCCCUGCCAGUAUGCACACUUUGGACCACCUGCAAGGCGUCUCAGGUCGGGCAAGCCUGCAUUACACUGGAGAGAGUCAGCUGAAAGAGGUGCUACAGAACCUUGGCAAAGACCGAUACUCGCCACAGUCAUUAGAACAAGUUGGUACUCGAAUAGCCAAAGCUUUGGAAAAGAACCAGACGUCGUGGGUGCUCUCCAGCAUGGCAGCUCUGUACUGGAGGGUGAAGGGCCAGGGCAAGCGGGCGAUCGACUGCUUGCGGCAGGCGCUGCACUACGCCCCCCACCACAUGAAGGAUGUGCCACUAAUCAGCCUCGCAAACAUCUUUCACAAUGCAAAACUCUGGAAUGAUGCCAUCAUCGUGGCUACCAUGGCAGUGGAAAUAGCCCCUCACUUCGUGGUUAAUCAUUUCACCCUGGCAAAUGUCUAUGUAGCAAUGGAGGAGUUUGAGAAGGCCAUGAAAUGGUAUGAGUCAACAUUAAAACUUCAGCCGGAGUUUGCCCCAGCCAAGAAUCGAAUCCGCACCAUCCAGUGUCAUUUACUUAUGAAAAAAGAGCGACGGUCUCCUUAGAGAUCAGCAUCUUUCUCUUUUCUUUUUU